UUAUCAUAUCAUCUAACUAGAAAUAAUGAUAAUGCCAUUGCUCACAUCGAUGUACAUCCAUUGCAAGAUCAAAUCAUAAAAAGUGUAGGGCUUGUUAAACCAAGAGUUGGUCGUUUUAUUGAUAAUGCUCAUUAUGUCUUAGUGAUUGCUACGGACAAGGCGAUUUACGUGUUUGGUUUCAGCACAAGUACAGAUGGGAUAAUUUUUCACGAUAUGUCAUCGGACAGAUAUAGAACUGAUUAUAGUAAGAAAGAAAUUGGCUCUAUAAUCGGUACCGAUGAUGGUCGUAUUUUCCUAUUAGAUGCUGGUGAACUGUGUGAACUUGUUUAUGAGGAUGAAGGCUGGUUUUCAAAGCCAUGUAGAUUAGAAAUUCAUUCUCAGAGUUCAAUAAGUCAACACUUGCGAUGGAUCUGGCAAACGUCUUCGGACUACAAGUCUAUUGCAAUUGAUGACACACGACAUAUGCUAUACGUUAUGUCUGCUUAUCGUAUUGAGGCAUUUUAUAUACAAAAAGAUGCUGCACUGAAAUUAAUAGGAACAUAUUCAAUUAGUGAUGAUAAAUCUAUGAUGCUUAAAGGACAUUUGGUGUCAAUACAUUCAAUAUUGAACACCGAUUCGCCUUAUUUCUGGCUUAUCGCUGUGACAAAUACGGGGCAUCGCGGAUACUUUACUUGUUAUAUGGGAAAUAGAGGGUAUAAUUGGUGGCUAUAUUCAGAAACGCCUGCAAUGCUAAAAACAAAAGAGCCAAAUGGUUUAUAUAUACUUGAAGUACACGAUCCACCACCUCAUAAUCAGCCAACCUUACCUCAGCAAGCUAGAAUGGAAUAUCAGAAAUUUCGUUAUUUCCAUGGCAUCUUUUUUGCUCAACGUAGAGAGGGUGGUAUAGAAAUGUUGUCUACCACAAGUCCCAACUAUGGUUUAAUGUUUCGUAGAUUUAUUCAAAAUCAGGAGCCACUUUUCUCAGAGCAUUGCUAUACUGCACCUCUUCCAAGCAUCUUCGACAUUCAAGAAAUUUAUGAUCCAUUAUAUGAUUCCAAAAAAUCUGAUGAAUAUUCAAACGAAUUGAUAAGUCAAUUUAAUACUCCACCUCGAAAAUUCAUCCUAUAUACUUUAAGUGGGAUUGUAAUUUGGACAAAACAGCGGCCUACUGAUCAUUUGGAAAAUAUGUUUAAAAAAAGUCAUAAUAGAGAGGCAUUAAAAUCCUUUAUUGAAAACUACGGACCAGAACAGACUACUGCAAUGUGUCUUUUGAUUGCAAGUAAUGAAAGUCAUGCAUUUAUGCAAACUUUUGCAGCCUCGUACAAUACGAUAUAUGAGGGUUUUGCUUUUUGUUUGGCGAGAAUACUUCGUCCAGUUUGGCGUCAGAAAAUUCUCAAACUAAGCCCUAGCAAUACAAAUCCCGAUAGACGAGAUUCACAUAUUCCAGAGCCAAUACUUAAAAGCAUUGUCUCGAAAUUAACGAAAUUGAAGGCAUUUUGUGACAGACAUCCCAUGUUCAAGUCACCACCACAAAUACUCGGUGAUACUUCAACUGCACAAAAUGCAUCAUUAAGUUCUUUAUACGAUUUACUUGUUACUCUCUCUGAUGCAAUAAGUUUCAUACUGCUUAUGAUUGAAUAUAAUUUACCAGACACUAUAGCAAAUAUUUCAAAGAGUUCACAACAAGUCGUCUUUCAAUCGACUUACGAACAAUUGGUUACUGUUCAACAGGUCAGGAGCAGUUGGCAUGAUCUGGUACUUGCGAUAAUUAAAAGAGAAAGUGGACCACGAGUUGAUAAUCUCAGUCGUAAUUUAGAAUUACGCUGUCCUACUUUUUGUAAUGCGGCCGAAACAAAAAUGUAUCAGGGUUACGAAGCAUUACAAAGAGCUAAGAAGAAUGAAGAUGAACACACGACCAAAGAAGCCUUACGGAAUUCAUUAAACAUAUUUUGUGAGUGCAUCGACAUUUUAACAUAUGGAACUUUAAAUAAUCUGUGUCAAGAUUACAAAAAUUCUGGAUUUUAUGAAGGGGCGAUUGAGCUUUUACUAAAAGCAGCGCAGAGUUUUGAUCCAGUACCUGAAAAGCGUAACUCAAUUCUUGAUCUUGUCAUUGAUACUUUACGUGAUGCUGGAGUUUUUGUAGAUGGAAUUCAACGUCAUGCGCAAUCGUUUAGCCCAGUGCUUCAGAAGGCUCUCAAUUUGGGAACUUCAUUAAACGAUAGAACCUUCCUUUUCGCUGUAUAUGACGAAUUUUUGCGCGCAGAUUCAAUUACACAAUUAUUUCAGCCACCUGCACCAUUUCUUGAAGAGUAUUUGAAUUCUUCUACCGAUUUGACGUCACCAAUUACUAGAAAAAAAUUAGAUUUAUACUGUGAUUUUUGUGUCACUAAUCGUCAGUAUCUCAAAGCUGCCAAAGUCAAAGAAUAUAUUGCUAAAAAUUCUGGAAACGGUGUUGGCCUACAAGAACGGUUACAUUACUUAAGUCAUGCUGUAGGUCAAGCCGAAAGUGCUAAAGAGUUGAGCGAAACUAGGGAUGUAAUUGAAGCAUUGCAUAAAUAUCGUUGUGACCUGGAACUUGCUCAAAUUCAAUAUGACAUUUGUCUGGAGAUAGAUAAUAUUCCAGAUAUCAAAUAUAAUAAUUUAGCCGCUUUAAAAGGAAAGCCAGAUAAAGCAACAUUACUUUCGCGCCUCGAUCAACAGCUCUUUGACGCACAAACUCUUUUGAAAGAUUUUGUCAUUCCGUUCGGUUUAGUUGAACGAGAAUUAUCUUUAGUACACGCUGUAGAAGUUACGCCUAGUCGCGAAGAUAUAAAUCAAAUUUGGAAAAAAAUAAUACAAAAAGCUACGGUAAAAGCACAAGAUUCUGGUUCGUUUCAGCCAAUCGCUGAAAUAGUAAUAGAAUCCGGGCGAAAAUAUUAUCCACAUGAUUUGCGAGUGUUUCCAAUGGAAACAAUCGUAGGAGAAAUAGCGGCGUAUUUAAUUAUGAAACGUAUUGAUGAACCCGGUUGUAUUGCGAGGAUUUUGAAGCAAGCGAAUGUUGCGUUUUGUGAUCUCUUUAAUACUUUUCAUAACCUUUUUUCAUUUAGGAGCACACCAUUCAACACUCAAGAGGGUAUUUACUUAUUGCUAAAAGAGUUGGUGUUUAUUUUAAAUCAAUGGAUGAAAUCUGUUGAAGAACGUUAUGAUAUUGAACCAAGAAGCAUCCACGGAAUGGUAUCACAAUACCUAACAGUGGUAAAUCAUUACUCACUUGGACAAAGCUUUUCACAUGAAUUUUUAGAAAUUCAGAGGAAACUUGAAACAUUUUCAACAAUCAUGGAAUAUUAA